AUGGUUCAUUUAAAAGAUGGCCGGAAUCCUUUUUCAUGGUUUCCACCGGACAACUUUGAUAUCAUUUCCCGCAAGAUGGACUUGGCCAAUCCAGAUAACUGUGUCACUAUGUCUGAAAGUGAUUUGAGACUUCCCCCAACUUCACUGAGCCAACUACCACGCUACAAUCAAAUUCUUUUACAACAAUGGUUUUCUAACCGAUCGAAGCUAUUACAUCUUCAUAAUCUUGCGCUGAACAGAGCUUUCUUCUACAGCUACAUACAACAACGUCUUGAUGGUCCGGUCAUCGACCCGCCAUUUUUACCGUCUUUCCUAUACUACUAUUUGUCUGCUGCCGCUGAUGUAUCUUCCGGACCGAACGUAAUGAACGCGAGUGCUGUGCUGAUGGAUACCAAUACUACAUAUGCUAACUGGUACGGACUGAAAGUUAUCAAUCGUACUUUGCCAUUGUUCGGUCCAACGGCCCGGAGGUUGGAUAACUGGAACGAUGAGAACAAUUUUCUUCGUAUCCCAACGAACAAAACAAUAAAGAUUUAUGAUAUGGGAGCUGGUCCAAACAGCAAUUACACUGCACCUUGGUAUAAAAACAAUCCGUAUAUUCGUGAUCGAGAAAUGGGUAUUGAUUUUAUUCCGGACCAUCGGGGUACCGCUCCAAGCAAAAACCAAUACACCACGAAAAUUCAGCUGGCCACAAUUACAGGCGAGCCAAUUUCAGAACUAGAAACGCUAAAGUUCUACGGUCCCAAUGCGCCGGGGGUCAAAGAAACAUUUCUUCCUGUGCGAUUCACUCGACCUUACUUCGAUUGUGGAGCAAGCAAUCGAUGGAUAGUGAGUUCUGUGGCCGCCCUAACCGAUUAUAUGCCGCGAUAUUCGAAUAUCACGCGUUUGCGUGGCCCACGGUGA